AUGCGUUUAAGAGGAGAAUCUGAACCCACUCGUCAACAUUAUUGGAGUCAAAUGGGUGAAAAAAAUCGGUAUAAUGCAGUCGAUGUCAAAGAUGAAGAAGCAUAUUUGGACAGCGGGUUUUCACGAAGCGAUUGGAAUCCGAAAAUUACAGUUGGGCAAAUUUUCUCUAGUAAGAAAGCAUUGUUGACGGAGUUACGGUUGACGGCAUUAAGAGGCCACUUUGAAUUUAAGGUGCAAUUCUCUUGCACUAAGAGGUUGCUUGUGGUUUGUUGUCAACGUCCAUGCCCAUGGCGGGUCCGAGCAUCGAGAAUUGGAGAAUACAGCUUCAUGAUUGUGAGGUGUACAACUGUCCAUGAAUGUGAUUUGAGGUUCGUAAGUGACAAGCAUCGUCAAGCAACCACAGCCCUUGUAGCCAGUUCACUUGAAAGGAAGUUGAAGGAUUGUCGGACAAUAUACACACCAAGUGACAUUAUGAGAGAUGUGAAACACAACUUUGGUUGCACCAUCCAUUAUUCGAAAGCUUGGAAAGCAAGGGAGUUAGCUCUAUUGUCCAUUAGAGGAUCAGUGGAGGAGGCAUAUUAUAUCCUUCCAGCUUAUUGCUAUGAAUUGGAGCGUAUGAAUCCCGGCACAAAAACAGACAUCCGAACUGAUGAGAACAAUCACUUUGUGUAUUUAUUUAUGGCGGUUGGCGCAUGUAUUAGAGGGUUCCGUUCUUCCAUGCGGCCAGUGAUAGCCGUGGAUGCCACUCAUUUAAAAUCCAAGUACAAGGGUGUUAUGUUUGUAGCAAAUGCAUUCGAUGGUAAUCGAAAUAUAUAUCCUCUUGCUUUUGGGAUCAGGGAUUUGGAGACGGAUGCAUCAUGGCAUUGGUUUUUCACUAAACUUCAUGAAGCCAUUGGUGAGUGUCCCGAUCUUGUUAUUAUUUCUGAUCGCAAUGUUAGCAUAGAGAAUGUGUGGAACAAAAUUUUUCCAACUGCACAACAUGGCAUAUGCUUUUAUCAUAUGAAGGGGAACAUGAAACGCACUUGGAAGUUGAAAAAGCGUGAUCACAUACUUAUGCACUUUGAGAAGGCUGCGAAAUCUUAUUCCAUUGCUGAAUUUGAUUGUCAUUUUCGCAAGAUCAAGCGAAAGGAACAUGUUGCUCAAUAUCUUGAAGAGGCAGGGUUACAUAAGUGGUCUAGAGCUCACAUGGAUGGACGCCGCUACAAUGUAAUGACAACAAAUAUUGCGGAGUCAAUCAACUCAGUCCUUAGGUUUGCAAGAAUGUUGCCAGUGGUUCAUUUGAUAGGGGAAAUUGUUAAUCUCCUUGUGAAAUGGUUCACCGAACGUCGUGAGUUGGCUUUCAAUUGCACAACAACAUUGUGCCCCAAUUUUGGAGAGAAGAAGUUGAGGAACAGGUUGGAGGAUGCUGCAAGGAUGAAUGUGGUUAAAGUUAAUAAUGCACAGUAUAAUGUUUUGGACGGUAAUAUGGACGGCCUCGUAGAUUUGACGAACAACAGUUGUAGUUGUAGAAAGUUUCAGCUUGAGCAGCUACCUUGCAAGCAUGUAGUUGCAGUUUGCCGCUUCUUGAAAGUAAGUGUAUACGCAAAGGCUUCUCGGUAUUACACUCGGAAAACCUGGAUGGAUGCUUAUUCGGAUAGCAUCUACCCGGUACAACCUCACGGAAUGUGGGAUACUCCUGAAGAUGUUCGAAGUCGAGUUGUGCUGCCUCCCAUGGCAAGGGUCAUGCCAGGCAGACGAAAGAAGUUAAGAAUUCCCUCGCAAGGAGAGGGCAGCAUUAGAAGAAAGUGCUCAAGGUGCGGUUCCGCAGGCCACAAUAAAAGCACCUGUAAAAACAAUAUUCCAUUGCGCAAUGUAUCUUAG